CAGUAUGCAUGCGGGUAUACCUACAAAUGUUCUACAAAAACAACAACAAGAGAUUACACGGCCUUGCAAAGGAUGUCUCGUGAACGGCGACCCAUGGCGGACUGGGAGAAUGCGCUGGCCACCAGCACCACCGUCUACGUGGGCAACCUGGCGUUCAACACGCGCGAGGAGCAGCUGUACGACGUUUUCGGGCGCGUGGGGCACAUCCAGCGCGUUGUCAUGGGCCUAGACAAGGUGCACAAGACACCCUGCGGGUUCGCCUUUGCCAUCUUCUACACAAGAGAGGACGCCGAGCAGGCGGUUGCCUUCCUGAACGGCACGCUGGUGGACGAGCGGAACAUCCGAGUGGACCUGGACUGGGGCUUCCAGGAGGGCCGGCAGUACGGCAGGGGCAGCUCGGGAGGCCAGGUGCGUGACGAGUUCCGGCAGGAUUACGACCCACGCCGCGGCGGGUACGGCAAGAGGAUGCAGGCUAAGAUGGAGAAGAUGGAGGCGGAGAUGAUGGAGCAGAUGGGACUGGG